AUGCCUUUUGUACCCCCAACAACCUCCCCAAGGCUAUUACCCUCCUCAACAGGGCCAAUACCCGCCAGGCUAUCCUCCCCAGCAGCCGCAGGGCUAUGCUCCACCGCAGCAGCCGUAUCAACCUCCGCAAAUGCCGUACCAAGAACCGCCUCGUCAGAAGAAGGACCGUGGAUGUCUAGGUGCUUGCCUUGCGACCCUCUGCUGCUGCUUCCUUUGCGAAGAGACCUGCGAGUGCUGCUUUGA